AUGGAGGAUCCAGACAACAAGCCUCUGGCAACCGACACCUUUGUCGCGCCCUCGUCUACUCGCGACGAUGGACCAAGCAAAGCUGACGUGCUUGUUAUCGGCGAGACUCGCAACAUCACUCUCGCUGAGCAUGAAACUAGCUUCUGGGCUGCUGUCCAUCAAUGGCCGACUGCGGUCUUCUGGUCUUUCUUCUUCUGCAUUGCCGUUGUGAUGGCCGGGUUUGAUGCGCAAAUCAUCACGUCGUUUUUUGCGUUGCCUGCGUUUCAACAGAAAUUCGGACACUUGUACAAGGGGUCGUACAUUCUGUCGGCUGAAUGGCAGAUGGCUUUGAAUAUGGGAAAUCCUAUCGGACAGGUGCUCGGCGCCCUGGCUUGCGGCUGGCCGUUGGAAAAGCUCGGUCGACGCUUGACCCUGGCAUUGUGCUGCGUAUGGUCGAUCUGCUUCGUGUUUGUCCAGUUUUUCGCAAACUCCAUCGGGAUGCUGUGCGCUGGAGAAAUUCUUGGUGGUCUCGCCUACGGCUUCUAUGUCGUGAUCGCCCCUACUUACGCUUCUGAAAUAUGCCCGCUUGCUCUGCGUGGUGUGCUGACAGCCUCUGUCAAUCUGGCCUUUGUCAUUGGGCAAUUCAUCGCGCAAGGUGUGGCUGCUGGUCUCGAAAGUCGACUGGACGACUGGGCAUGGAAAGCACCUUUUGCGAUCCAAUGGGUAUGGCCAGUAGUUCUUCUCGCCGGAUUGCUCUUCGCACCUGAAAGUCCAUACUGGUUAGUGAGAAAGAACAGGCGUGAAGAUGCUCACAAGGCCUUGGUGCGAUUGUCGUCGAAGAAGAACCGGCCGGAUAUUGAAGGCAUGCUCGUCAUGAUUGAGCAGACCGACUUGCUCGAACGAGAGAUCGAAGCCACGACAACCUAUUGGGAUUGCUUCAAGCGCGCCAAUCUCUUCCGAACGGAAAUUUCGAUUAUGGUCUAUCUGAUCCAGGUCAUUGGCGGCAACCCCUUGAUUGCAUAUGCCACACUUUUCUUUGAAAUGGCCGGGUUGGACUCAGCCCAAUCAUUCAACAUGGGCGUUGGCAACACCGCGCUCGGAUUUGUUGGCACCUGUCUUUCGUGGCCAUUGAUGCUGCACUUCGGUCGUCGCACUAUUUAUAGCUCGGGCAUGGUCUUGAUGACUAUUAUCCUCUUUAUCAUCGGAUUUCUCGAUAUUGGUCGCAACAACACCAGUGUCGUCUGGGCUCAAGCGUCACUGAUGGAUAUCUGGACCUUCAUCUACCAAACCACGGUCGGCCCGAUUUGUUUUGUCAUCAUUUCCGAGAUCUCUGCCACUCGUCUACGUGGUCGCACCAUUGCCAUCUCAACGGCGGUACAGGCCGGGGCAAACAUUGUUUUCACUGUUGUGUUGCCGUACAUGAUCAAUUCAGAUCAAGGUGACUGGCGGGGAAAGACCGGGUUUCUGUUCGGCGGCAUUAGUCUUUUCUGCUACGUCUGGUGCUUUUACAGGCUCCCUGAGUCCAAGGGCAGGACCUUUGAGGAGCUGGAUAUCCUAUUUGAGAGAAAGGUUCCGCCUCGCAAGUUCAAGGAUUAUGAUUUGCUGGAAAUUGAGGAUGCACGUGCAUGA